UAAUUUUCACGGUAAUAAUUUAUUUCAAUAAAACCUUCACGAAAACCGUUUAAACGUGCUUUUCUUAAAGCCGUUUUAAGUAUAAAAGAUGCAGUUUUCUUUGCAUACUUCAGUCUUAUUAAUCAACUUUUUCACCAAGAAAAAUGAAAUACUUAUCCGUUUUUUGGAUUGUAGCUGUUGCUAUUGCAGUGGUUUUUGCUGAUGAGUGCUUGGAGGGGGAAGUAAAAACUGUGGAUUGUAAUACUUGUAUAUGCAAUGAUGGACUAUGGGGUUGCACUAAAAUGGCUUGUGGACCAUCCGGUUGCACCCCAGGAGAAAGUUAUUUAAAGGAUUGUAACACCUGCUUUUGUGGUGAUAAUGGAGAAGAAGUUGGUUGUACUAAAAUGGCUUGUGGACCAUCUGGUUGCACCCCAGGAGAAAGUUAUCUAAAGGAUUGUAACACCUGCUUUUGUGGUGAUAAUGGAGAAGAAGUUGGUUGUACUAAAAUGAUAUGUCCACCAUAAUUUCGAACAAGUUAUAAAUAAAUUGAUAUAGCAUGCAUAAAA